GCACUCAGUGGAGUCUGUGAGGAAGAGGCAGAGCUGGUCUUACUGGAUUCUGAGACCAGGAAUAAGAUGAAGAACUGGAAGACAAAGAUGAAAGUUUCUGAAGAAAAAGAUUUAGCGAGGGCUGUAUCAGGAAGGCUCCAAAGGCAGAUCUCCCAGGAAGGUGGGUUAGUCAAGAACGUUGAUCCCAAGGACAGGUUAUUGCUGCAUUGGGUAAGCCCCUUAGAGGAUGCAGUGAGGCAGCCUCCUUCCAAAGAGAGAGCCAUCAGGGAAGUGGAUCUCAUCCCCAAGAAAGCCAUUGCAGGAGAGAGGGGCCACGGAUAUAAUGAAGGAGGAAAAAUACUUUCUGCUGGAGAAAGAUCCCACAGAUAUGACAUCUGUGGCCAGAGCUUCAAACAGAAGUCAGAAGUAACUGAGCAUCAGAAAAUUGAUAAUAUCAAGAAAACCUAUGAAUGUAAAGAAUGUGGAAAAACUUUUAAUCGGGGCUCAAGCCUGAUUAUGCAUCAGAGAAUUCAUUCGGGAAAGAAACCAUAUGUAUGUAAUGAAUGUGGGAAAGACUUUAAUCAAAGUUCAAAUCUUAUUAUACAUCAGAGAAUUCAUACAGGAAAGAAGCCUUAUAUAUGUCACGAAUGUGGGAAAGACUUCAGUCAGAGUUCUAAUCUGGUUAGACAUAAGCGAAUUCACAGUGGUGAGAAUCCCUAUGAAUGUAAAGAGUGUGGGAAGGCCUUCAAGGGGAGCUCAAACCUUGUCCUACACCAGAGAAUUCAUAGCGGAGAGAAGCCAUAUAUAUGUAAUGAAUGUGGGAAGGCCUUCAAUCAAAGCUCAGAUCUUAUAAUACAUCACAGAAUUCACACGGGAGAGAAACCAUAUGAAUGUUAUGAAUGUGGACAAGCCUUCAGCCAAAGUUCACAUCUUGUCACACAUCAGCGAAUUCAUACUGGAGAGAAACCCUUCAAGUGUAAUGAAUGUGAAAAGGCCUUCCGGCAGCGUUCACGCCUUACGGAACACCAGAGACUCCACAGUGGAGAGAAGCCCCAUGAAUGCUGUGAAUGUGGGAAAUCCUUCAGUGGGCGCACAACGUUUCUUAAGCAUCAGAGACUGCAUACGGGAAAGAAACUGGAAUGUGAAAAAGCCUGCACUUCUGACUUGGAUCUUAUCAAACAACAGAGAAUUCAUAGGGAAGAAAAGCCAUAUGAAUGUAGUGAGUGUGGCAAAACUUUCCGGGGAAGUUCAGAUCUAAUUCGGCAUUGGAUAAUUCAUACUGGAGAGAAACCGUAUGAGUGUAGUGAUUGUGGGAAAGCCUUUAGCCAGAGGUCUCACCUUGUUACACAUCAGAAAAUUCAUACUGGAGAGAAACCCUACCAGUGCCAAGAAUGUGGGAAAGCCUUCCGGCAGCGUUCACUCCUCAUUCAACAUCACAGAAUCCACAGUGGGGAGAAGCCCUAUGAAUGUAAGGAAUGUGGAAAAUCCUUCCUCUGGCGCACAGCUUUUCUCAAACAUCAAAGACUUCACUCUGGAGAGAAACUUGAAGAAGGUGAGAAAACAUUCAGCAAGAAUGAGUUGUUUAAAGAAGAGCAGAGAAUUCACCACAAAGAGAAAGCUUGUCCAGGUAAUCAGCAUGGUAGAACUUCCCAGAGCAGCUCAGAGCUCAUCACACAUCAGGUCACUCACGCUGGAGAGAGACCAUAUGAAUGUAAAGAAUGUGGAAAAACCUUCAGUCAGAGCUCAGACCUUAUGAGACAUCAUAGAAUUCAUAGUGGAGAAAAACCUUAUGUAUGCACUAAAUGUGGGAAAUCUUUCAGGGGCAGCUCAGAUCUUAUUAAACACCACCGUGUUCACACUGGAGAGAAACCCUAUGAGUGCCCUGAAUGUGGGAAAGCCUUCAGUCAGAACUCACACCUUGUUAGUCACCAGAGGAUUCACACCGGAGAGAAGCCCUUUGAAUGCAGCAGCUGUGGGAAGGCCUUCAGUGGGCGCACAGCCUUCCUGAAACAUCAGAAACUUCAUCCUGGAAAGGCACUUGGGGAAUGUGAGAGGGUCUUCAUGCAGGACUUACUGUAA